AUGGCGUUUUCAGCCGUCGCCAUUGUGUCCUCUUUUCCUUUUAAUUUCUUAAUAAAUCUUCCUCAGAUAAGAACACGAAUACCCACUUAUGACGAUGAUAACACUGUCCUUUACGCAUAUGAACCAAAUAUACAAGUCAAUAAUGUAAGUAACAUUAAUUGCUCUUUGCCAAAUACCAUUGUUGUAUCUGACAUAUCCAACAAUGAGGAGCAACAAAAAGCAGUGUUGAACAUCCUUUCCCAUUGCCAGGUCAUAUAUGAUGCUAUUCAAAACAUGGAUAAGAAGCUUGAUAGGAUGCAUGGAAAGGUUUCAAAAAUCCACCGUUUACAUGUGAAAACUAUGUGGCAAAAUCAUAAACCACUUGGAUAUGCAUACAGAAAUUAUAAUUACCUACUUUCUAGAAAAAAUAGAUACAAGAAAAUGAAAAAAAAGGGGUCUCCCUCUAUAUUCUCCUAUCCUGAAAGUUAUAGUCCAACUUUACCAGUGCGAAGGCAGGAAAAUGAAAGUGAUAUUCAGAUCAACCCCAUAGAUACAUCUUUUCAUUCGGAUGUGCCUUCUGAACCAGAGCAGCUACUCUAUGGGGAGGAGGAGGAGGAGCCGAUCCUUGAGGAGAGCUCACAGGUUCCCCCCAAUUUUGAGUAUUCCUUCAAGCCAUAUUUCUCACCAGAGGAGCCAAUGCCUGGUCCCUCUACAACACCCUGCUUCUCCAGCCCAUGGGCUCCCAGCACUGGCAGUGUUUUCUCCUCUGCCCGAGCUUCCACAACUGUGGCUUCAACAGUGGUGGCCACUGGAGAAGGCAGUCCUUCAAGUAACCCUGACCUGGGAAAUUACGGUUCACUGGAAAAUAAGAGCUUUGGCCAACAAACCAACUCGUCAUCUGUUGGCAGUCCUCCCAGCUUUGGUCAAUAUGAUUUGUCUUUUUUCCUCCCCACUGAAGUUACCAGUUCACCAGUUGGACUUGAAGCGACACAAAAUUUCUCUAAGGAUCCUUCCAACUGGUCAGUGGAAGAAGUGAUACAGUUUAUAGAACAAAUGGAUUCUCAGACAUUCACCCCCCUUGCUGACCUCUUCCGACUUCAUGACAUUGAUGGGAAGGCUCUGCUACUACUCAAAAGCGACAUGAUGAUGAAGUAUAUGGGGCUGACGUUGGGGACAGCUGUGAAACUAUGCCACUACAUUGAAAGGCUUAAACAAGAAAAAUACUUCCACAGUUGAAAAAUGUUUGUGUAAAUGUAGAUUGGGCUUACUUCUGGGGAGACUGAUACCUUCUUGAUAUAAAAUUGUUUUGCUCUUGUUUUAUAGAAGUUUUCUUUAAAAAUACGUUCUAUGAAUCGUAGAACCACAUGACAGUCCAAUCUACUUCUUUAAAAACUGUUUAACGUGUUAGUACUUAAAUAUUCAAAUUAGCCAUUAGUUCUUUAUGUCUUUUUACUUUUUUAAAUUGCACAGUUUACAAAUGGACUUCAGGCAGGAAAUAGAGAAAAACCUCUGAUUCUGAUUGAUCUUUCUUUAUUGAACCAAAACAUCUAAAUCCCAAAGGGGAGAUGUCAGGGAUUGACAACUUCUCUAAAUCCAUGAGAAGUUUUCCUUAGAAGAAAAUUUAAAGAUGCAACUAUAGAUCUCUUCCUCAAAUAUUUUACCUGCCCAUUGCUGCAACAUCCUGUUCAUGUUCUACCAGUUCCCUGAAAGGGAAGAGCCAUGUAAAUUAUUUUCCUCUCUGUUAUUUAUUUCUCUGUAUGUUGUAUUUAUUUGGAUUUAAAGAAAAAAAGUAAGCUUACAGUUUUUCC